AUGAAGGAAGCUAAAGUCCUUCCAGGUAUCAAAGUGGAUAAAGGAACCGUCGAGCUCGCUGGUACCAACGGCGAAACCACAACCAUUGGCCUCGAUGGACUCGGAGACCGCUGCAAGAAAUACUACGAGGCAGGUGCACGUUUCGCCAAAUGGCGCGCCGUUCUCAAAAUCGGAGCCAACGAGCCUUCCGAGUUAGCCAUCCACGAGAACGCUUACGGUCUGGCGAGAUACGCUGUUAUUUGCCAAGAGAACGGUCUCGUCCCCAUUGUCGAACCAGAGAUCCUCGUUGAUGGAUCUCACGACAUUGAGAAAUGUGCUUACGUCACGGAACGAGUCCUCGCAGCUUGUUACAAGGCUCUUAGUGAUCACCAUGUGAUCUUAGAAGGAACACUCUUGAAACCGAACAUGGUGACUCCGGGUUCCGACUGUAGCUCCAGGGCUAAACCAGAUGUGAUCGCCGAGCACACAGUCCGUGCUUUACAACGGACCGUCCCUGCCGCGGUUCCAGCCGUUGUGUUCUUGUCUGGAGGACAGAGCGAGGAAGAAGCGACUGUGAAUUUAAACGCCAUUAACCAGCUCAAAGGGAAGAAACCAUGGAGCUUGACGUUUUCGUACGGACGUGCGCUUCAGCAGAGUACGCUCAAGGCUUGGGGAGGUAAGGAAGAGAAUGUUGAAAAGGCUCAAAAGGCCUUCUUGGCUCGAGCCAAGGCUAACUCUGAGGCAACUAUUGGUGGCUACAAGGGUGAUGCUCAGCUCGGUGAAGGUGCUUCUGAGAGCCUCCACGUCAAAGACUACAAAUACUAA